UCCCGAAGGCUGCAUAGACAUAUGUGACUUCCGGGCCCGCUUAUACCCAAAGAUUACCUGUUCAAAUGCGACUGUAUACGUAGCAUUGAUCCAGCAUCAUUCAGUAACAGGUACGAUGUGUCUUGUUCCAGGAAAAAUCUUCCACCUGACGUCACCAGAGGGCAGGUACAGGUAUGACUUGGAUGAAGCUCAGCAGGCAUGCGCAGAGAAUGGAGCUGUCCUAGCGUCCUAUGACCAGCUGCACGAGGCCUGGCAGGCCGGGCUGGAGCGGUGCGACUGCGGAUGGCUGUCGGACGGGAAUGCGUACUAUCCCAUGUGGGAGCGCAAGAAGGAUUGCGGUAAUAGCAGAGGCAUCAUUAAGUGUCUCUGGAAGUCAACCCGGAACGCUUGGUGUUUCCGAUCCAUCUGCACACCAAUGACUAAGGUCACAUUUACAAACCGAGGCCCGACCGGGGAACCAAAGGAAUGAUACAAAAGACACCAAAAGUCGCAGAACUUAAAAAAGCAGCCAUGGGUAUGGUCUGUGUAUAUUUUCAGGUAUAUGUUUUUGGGUGUCUUAAAACAGCCGCCCCCCCAUCCCCGCAACCCCCACCCGGCCUCGGUUUGGAACUGUGAUCUAAGCCUUACCAGGACAAAGAGCGAAUUUAGAACAGCAGUAUAUUGAACAGUUUGUACACUUUUGUUGAAAUGAAUCUCAGUUGGACCUGUUA